AUGCCAGACGAAAGAAGUCACCCGGCCCAAGGACUAGUCACGAAGCAUAAUGCACCUUCUCACGACCUAGCCCCAGUUGCAGCUGAUGACUACAUGCUUGGAACGGACAUUGCGCAGCCAUUACAAAACAUCCCACCAGAGGUGAACGCCACCCGGAGACAAUCGAAAUCAUUGCUUUUAGGGGACAUGGAGAUUCGCUCGACCUCUUCGUCAGCACAAAAAGAUGUACAACAAGCAAGACCAGGAAGUGACGAAAACGCCGAUGCAAUUGCGAACCAAGUGCGACUGAGCGGAGAAAUCAGGUCGUUGCUUGAGCGACAACACUCUCACUCGGGAUCAUCUACAGUCGAACAACCAGCUAAGGGGAGGUGGAGGAAAGAUAAGAGACUUGGUCGCGCUCCAUCAUACACAUCAAACUCAUCGACAUCUGUCUCGUUCCGUCAACACCCAAACAUGGAUGUAGCCAACUCAGGUGCACUGGCAAGCAUGAUGGAGAAUGAAGUACCUGCACCGAGUCAACAGGUCACGUACGAGACGCCAGAGGCUCAAGAAUAUCGAGCUAAGAUGAGUAAGAAAAUGGGCACGAGACUCAUGGACGAUAGUAUCGGUACUCGAGUAGAGAGCCCAGGACUGGUGCGCGACGUGGAUGAAAGUGACAGUACUGGCGUUGGAGCUCGAGUACGUGGACGCCAGCGGACGGCAAAGAAUGUACUAUGA